AUGUUUAUCCGAAGUAUGGACUUAACAAAAAUAUCGAUAAUAUGUGUCCAAUCGGUACUAAUAGUCCUACAAUUUUUUGCAUUUUUCGGCAGUCUGGCCACUCUGGUCAACAGUAUAUGGAUUUAUACGCAUAAUAAUACUAAUAAAUCUGAUCGCUAUUAUUAUUAUCCAGUCAAAGAGCUGAUCCUAUUGAUAGUCAUAUUUGUUAUAUCGAUGAUUACGCAAGUUUUGGGCAUAUUUUCCAAUACAAAGAAAAACUACUUCCUAUUGAUACUCUAUGUGGUACUACUGUUGAUACAAGUGAUCAUAUUUUUUGUCAGCGAUGGCCUACUAUUGCUGGGGAUUUGGGAUACGGUUAUCAUUUUCUUGACACUAGUACUCAUUGCGCUCAUCCAACAGGAAGGUUGGCUUCGGCUCCGGAAUCGGCGACUACAGAGAGCAACAGCAGGUGUAGUGGCCAACGGUGUUGUUGUUGGCGGCGGUGGUGCCGGUGCUGGCGCUGGCAGUGUUGGCCAACAGUAUGCCUAUUUGGACAACAAUCCGCCGCCCGAUUACAAUACGGCAGUUAUGACUAAACCGACGUACGGGACGCCGCCGCCGGCCUACCAGUCGGUCGAGUUGAUGGCCGUUUCAAAUGGUGGCCAACCGGCCGUCCAUUGGCAACGAUAUUGAUGAGAGAGAGAGAGAGAGAGAGAGAGAGAGAGAGAGAGAGAGAGAGAGAGAGAGAGAGAGAGAGUUAUUGACAACAAAACUAAUUGUUUGUUAAUUAAUAUAUUUAUUAUUUUAAUUUUUAGGAUCA